AUGUCCAAGCCUCUCGCUCACGCCUCCAUCGUGGCCCGCCGCUCCAGCGAGCGCGGCUACGCCGAACACGGCGGCUGGCUGAAGACCUUCCACACCUUCAGCUUCGCCAAUUACUACGACCACAAGUUCAACCAGUUCGGCAGUCUGCGCGUGCUCAACGAGGACCGCGUCGCGGCCCGCAAUGGGUUCCCGACCCACCCUCACCGCGAUGCCGAGAUCUUCAGCUACAUCCUCAGCGGCGAGCUGACCCACCGCGACAGCAUGAUCAAGAAGGGCGCCGAAGGUGCGCAGGGCAAGCAAUUCUACCGGAUGAAGCGGGGUGAUGUACAGUUCACGACCGGUGGUACAGGCAUCGCGCAUUCCGAACAGAACGAGUCCAACAAACCAGUGCACUUCCUUCAAAUCUGGGCUCUCCCAUGGAAGUAUGGACUCAAGCCAAACUACCACACGAGAACGUUCGAUGAAGCGGCAAAGCGUCAGGGGUUCGUGCAUAUUCUGUCGCCGCUCGCGGCGGGUCCCGAUGCUACCGCGGCGGAAGAGGAGGCGGCUGUCCCGAAGAUCCCCGAGACCAUCCCCAUCCAUGCGGACUUCGUGAUGGGGGCCGGGAUCAUCGAGCCCGAGAAGACAUUCCAGUGGACGGUCGGCGCUGGCGAUGCCGUCACCCAGAAGAAGAAGCGCAAUGUCUACAUCCACCUCCCCAUGACCAAGGGCGGCAAGGCGAAGAUCAGACUCGACUUCCGCGACAAUGCGGUUUUGGAAGAGGGCGACGGCGCUUUCAUCACAGGAGUGAAUGCCGGAGAUGUGCUUAGCGUGGAGAGCGUCGGAGAGGCGGAAGCUGAGGUCGUUGUCUUGGACAGCAAUUAG